GCUGUGGUCAAGACUGUUGCUCCCGCUUACUCCACCUAUGCUGCCCCCGCAGUGGUCAAGACUGUUGCUCCCGCAUACUCCGCCUAUGCUGCUCCAGCUGUGGUCAAGACUGUUGCUCCCGCUUACUCCGCCUAUGCUGCUCCAGCUGUCCACUAUGCGUCUCCCGCUGUGGUGAAGACCAUCGCUCCAGUUGCUCAGGUGGCUCACUAUGCUGCACCCGCGGCCCACUACGCCACCUACUCCGCUCCAGCCGUCGCCUACCAUCACUAAAGUGAUGAAGGUUUCUUAAAACUCAUAAUUAGAAUCUUUGCUCAUAUUACUAUAUAUUUAUUAAUUGACAUCAAUAAAAUAAUGCAUACAUGAAUAUAAA